AUGGACCGCAGCCGCAUCAUUGCGCGGAGCGAGGUCGAGGAGAGGAUCGCCGGCGGUCAGGUCAUUGUCAUCCUCGAAGAUGACAUCCUGCGCCUGGACUCGUGGCUGGAGAAGCACCCCGGAGGCCGUCUCGCCGUGCUGCACAUGGUAGGACGAGAUGCGACGGACGAGAUCAAAGUGUACCAUAGCGCAGCCACGCUGCGAAUGAUGAAAGGCUUCCGGAUCGGCCGGAAGCCCAAUGGACCCUGGAUCAAUUUGACACCUCCCAUUCGAGGAGGCGUCUAUCAGAAGAAACCCGACACACUGGAUGAGGAACUGGGCUAUUCCGAUACCGACCAAGGCUCGACCGCUGGGUCUGCCACCGACGACCAAAGUUUAUCUAGCUCGGACGAGAGUUCGAGUUUAGAGAGCAGCAGCAUCCUAGUUGCCGAUGGAGGGCUGCCGGCCCAAACGUUGACCCAACGACAUGGCAAGGGAUCCAGCGAGACCAAGCCGCUGGAGAAGACCGUCGCGCCGGCCCGGAUGCUCAUGUCGCCCGCCAAGUACACCGAGAAGGUCAUGCAGGACGAGGUUGACCAGUGCAUCUCGGAAUACCCGUCUCUGUCUCCCAUGGUACAGCAAGGAAUCGUCGCCAAGUACCGCAAGCUGCACGAAAGGGUCGUCGCUGAGGGCUUCUAUGACUGCCCGUACAUUGAGUACGGAAAGGAAAUGGCCCGCUAUGUCACCCUGUUUGCGGCAUUCUCAAUCGCCUUGAGCUAUUCCUGGUACAUGACUUCGGCAGUCUGCUUGGGACUGUUUUGGCACCAAAUCAUGUUCACCGCACAUGACGCUGGCCACGGUGCCAUCACCCACAACUUCACCCUGGACACCCUAGUCGGCUUGUUCAUUGCAGACUUCUGCUGUGGCCUUUCUAUGGGAUGGUGGAAGAGCAGUCACAAUGUCCACCAUCUGGUGACCAACCAGCCCGAACACGACCCCGAUAUCCAGAACGUGCCGCUUUUUGCGACAUGCCCGUCCUUCUUCAAGUCCAUCAGCUCGACCUACUAUGAGGGCUUCGUCUUCGCCUGGGAUGCUGCGGCUGACUUUCUGGUCCCGUACCAGAAGUACACCUACUACCCGGUCAUGGGUAUUGCGCGCUUCAACCUCUACCUACUCUCUUGGCUACACGUGCUCUCCAAGAAAUCCUCGUCGCUGGGUGGCACCAAGGCCUGGUGGAUUCGUCCGACCGAGAUCGCUUUCAUGAGCUGCUACUGGUUCCUGUUCGGCUACUGCCUGUUGUGGCGCACUCUGCCGACAUGGACCAUCCGAGUUGCGUUUGUCCUGGUGUCGCACAUCAUCACGAUGCCUCUUCACGUUCAGAUCACCCUGUCCCACUGGGCCAUGCCCACCUCGGACCUCGGUGAAUUCGAGUCGUUCCCCCAGCGCCAGCUCCGCACCACGAUGGACGUCGACUGCCCAGCCUGGCUCGAUUUCAUCCACGGCGGACUCCAGUUCCAGGCGAUCCACCACCUGUUUCCCCGAGUCCCGCGACACAACCUCCGCCGACUACAGGUCCUGGUUCGGGAGUUCUGCGCCGAGACCGGGAUCCCCUACGUGAUCCUGAACUUUACCGACGGAAACCGCAAGGUGUUGAGCAGACUCGAGCAGGUCGCCGAGCAGGUCAAGGUCCUUGUCGAGUGCCAGAAGUAUAUGGCGGAGACUGGAGAGAGCGGGCUGCAUUGA